AUGCCUUCUUACAAGAACGACCCUCCGGACCAGGAGUAUCUAGACUCGAUCAAGAGACAUACCGACAAGGAAACCAACAAGGUCAAUCUUGCGCUCGUGGCCAAGGACUUUGGCUAUGCCAGUGGAAAGUCGUUUCAGAAGAAGUAUGCCAAGCUCAAGAAAGCACACAACCUGACCAACGGCCAUAUCUAUGAGACCUCUUCUACUGAGGCGGCUUCCCCCGAAGUGGCCCAGCCUCCCCCGAAGCCGAAGGAAACCAAGAUCCCCGAAGCCGAGAAAAGCGUCAUGGAUAUUGUGAGCGAGCACUUGAAGGCAUAUUCAGACAAACUUGCCGCCGAGAAGAAGGGCAAAAGCUUGGAGGAGGAUAAGAAGAAGAAAAAGCAAGCCUGA